AUGAUCUCGAGCUAUCCCGACGGCCUAGUCCUGACAUACGACACUAAUAGGUCGUCUGAUCCCUCCGAGCUGAACGAAUCACGGGAGGAACCGCACUGCUUCCCGGUAGUAUUCUGUGUCGGCGGUAUGCCAUACCAACGAUGGGUAAGCGACACAGUGGCGAGCUCGGGUUUCCAACGUGGCAGCCGUGGCAGCCGUGGCAGCCGUGGCAGCCGUGGUGGUCUUGGCCUUGAGGCAAUGUACAACACAAACAUCAGCGCCAGCUUUUAA